UCUCCACAAAGUUGCGCUGGUGUCACGACGAAGAGCAGAUUCAAUAAUGACUCUUUUCUCGUGACUCUUAGAUGAAGCAACUAAAAAUACCUUGCUUCGGACAUUGAAUCGAACUUUUUAUAAGCUUCACGGUCAUUAUACAGACAUCUCAUUCUUUUAUAGUACAUAAACCGCACCUCAUCAAUACCGAAUUUCUUAAAAGCUGAGCUGGCCUAUCUUCACUUACACUAAGAGCUUUACGCCUUGGCAGGCUCAUACUUCUGGAAUCUCAAUAGUUGAUGAUAACGAUAUACUCGACCCAAGUACACACAUACUCCAUAAUUAGAAAAGCACAUCGAGUUACUGCGAAGAUGCGGUCGUCGGCUCUUCGGUCAGCUAAAAGCGCACUUCCCUAUGCAACAAGGAAUUACUCCACCCGGGUUCGACAUCUUAUGUCAAUCAGCGAUCUGACGGGUGCUGAAUUUUCACAACUGGUAUUAAAUGCCGCGGCUCACAAAAAGGCCGUGAAAUCCGGAGGCAUUCCGGCAGGCCUAAACAGAAAGUUAACGGGGCAGACGGUGGCCAUGAUGUUCAGCAAGCUAAGCACCCGUACUAGAGUCUCGACGGAAGCUGCCGUGGCUAUGUUAGGAGGUCAUCCUAUGUUCCUUGGGAAAAACGACAUUCAACUAGGAGUAAAUGAGUCGUUGAAGGAUACGUCCAAGGUUAUCUCAUCCAUGACAUCCUGCAUGGUGGCUCGGGUCGGGCCUCAUAGUGAUGUUGCCGACUUAGCAAAGUACUCGAGCGUUCCGGUCAUCAACGCGCUAUCUAAUGGUUUCCAUCCCCUUCAAAUAAUUGCUGAUUUCCUUACGAUCCAUGAGUCCAUUCCCAGGGCUCCUACAGAGAGUGUCAUACCAAAGGGGUUGAAGGUGGCUUGGGUUGGAGACGCAAACAACGUAUUAUUCGACUUCGCCAUCGCUUGUCUAAAAUUAGGUGUCGAGAUAUCAGUCGCUACGCCUCGGGGUUACAGCAUCCCGCAGGACAAAGUAGAGUUGAUCACAAGUCAAGCCAAGUCCGCAUCCACACCAGGUGUUCUAAACCAAACUUAUGUUCCGGAGGAGGCUGUGAAGGAUGCUGAUAUCAUAGUAACUGAUACCUGGAUUUCCAUGGGCCAAGAAGAGGAGUCCAAGAAACGACUGAAAGAUUUCGCUGGUUUCCAGGUUAACAACGAGCUGGCUAAGCGAGGUGGAGCAAAGCCAGACUGGAAAUUUAUGCAUUGCUUACCUCGUCACCCUGAGGAGGUCGCCGAUGAGGUUUUCUAUUCUCCCCGGUCCCUCGUCUUCCCCGAAGCAGAAAAUAGGCUCUGGGCUGCUGUUGCGGCACUCGAAGGGUUCGUGGUAAACAACGGGGAAAUAUCCCCAACUUCCUAUGCGUAGUUCUGGAGAAGGUAACAUUAUCUACUACGGAGCAGCAUAUACUGGUUUAUGUGAGAUUGAUCUGACAGCUUCGAGGUAAAUGAGGCGGUGUUCAAAAUGCUUUCUAGUCUGAUACGUGUAUCAAUUUCGGUUGGCAUGGUCAAAAAGGGGGAUCACAAUGAGAAAAUUUCAGGCUCUGUAUAGAAU